AGUAUUUAUUUUGAUUCCUUGGACAUUUUUAAUAAUAACAUUUUUAAUAAUAAGUGGCCGCUUCCAGCAAUUUCGCCAGUAUUCACUAAUAAAGGCAUAAAUAUAUUACCUAUAUCUAUUCGGCAUAUUUAGAUUGACUUAAGCACAAGUAUGGUAACAAAGUGUGCUGGAGCCUUCCGACGUGAAAAUUCGCCCUUUAGAAAAUCUGCCCCAAUAAAUCAUGAAAAACCUUACCUGUAUUCAGUGUCUGUCCUAUUUAAAGUUCCUUUGUUAUGUAUAAGGAUGAAAGUACCAUGUUCCUUUUUGUCUCUUCCCUGCACAGAUUAUCCUUUAUUCAUCUUUUAAACAAUCAUUCAUCUUUGCAACACCAGAAUUACAUUCUUCAGGAUGAGAGAGAAAGAAGGAACAUGCGAGUUAGAAGACCUGAGAAGCCGGGUUGAGAUGGGAGAUGUGUGCUCCACUUGCCUGAGGAACAGCCACUCAUUCCGAGGCAGCAUUAAGCACAGGUCCAACGGAGUGGUACCUCACCAAAGCCAGGCAUCUGCUUGCACCCCAAGUGCCCAUCUCAGCACCCUACUGCAUGCAGGAAUAACCAAGGUUUUGGUCACAGGAGGAGGUGGGUAUGUGGGACACAACCUUGGUUGUGCCCUGGCCCAAUCUGGAAUCUCUGUGCUCUUAUUUGACAUAAACCAAUCGCAGUGGGAUAUCCCAAGUGGAGCCGUAUUUAUACAGGGAGAUAUUCGAAAUUACGAUUGCCUGUACGCAGCAUGCGAAGGCGUGGAUUGUGUUUUCCAUGUAGCAUCUUAUGGAAUGUCAGGACACCAGCAACUUGAGAAGGAAAAAAUUGAAUCCAUCAACAUCGGUGGAACAAAGCUUGUUAUUGAUGUGUGUGUUCAGAGAAGUAUCCCCAGACUGAUUUAUACCAGCACUGUCAAUGUAGUAUUUGGUGGUAACCCGAUAGAAGAUGGCGAUGAGGAGACUGUAACGUACUUCCCACUGAAAGAGCAAAUCGAUCCCUAUUCCAGGUCAAAGGCCAUUGCCGAUCAGAUGAUCUUGGAAGCAGAUAGAAGACCACUCAUGGGAGGAGGUAAACUUCAUACGUGUGUGCUACGACCUCCUGGAAUUUAUGGACCAGAUGAGCAGAGGCAUUUGCCCAGACUAGUGAGUAACAUUGAGAAAGGAUUAAUAUUUUUCACUGUUGGUCGUCAGAAAACUUUUUUGAACUGGAUUCACCUGUACAAUCUGGUGGAAGCCCAUAUUUUGGCAGCGGAGGCACUAACUGCCACUAAAAGAUUUAUUGCGAGUGGACAAUCGUACUUCAUCCACGAUGGGGAAAAUGUCAACAUCUAUGAAUUUUUACAUCCACUGUUUGAGAAGUUGGCCUUUAGUGAUCCCUGGGUAUCGCUGCCCUAUUCACUGGUGUAUGAUUCAGCUGUCUUCUUUGAAUAUCUCCAUCUGGCAUUGAGGCCCUUUGUGAAUUUAAACCCAGUGCUGACCAGAUAUGAGGUACUAAAGAUUUCGAAGACGCACACAUUUCGGAUAAACAAAGCCCGCAAAGAGCUGGGUUACUGCCCGAAGAAAUUCUCCUUUGCUGAUUCGGUGGAUUUUUACAUCCAAACCAGGCCCCGGCCAUCACAGCGGCACAUUGUCAUGCGCAAACUCUUCCUUUUGAUGUUCACCUUGUUCUCUCUAUUUGCUUUGUUUUUUUGCAGCAGCUCUGUAAUUUCACUCACCAGACUUCAAUCCUGACUUCCUAUUCUAAAUUGCAUAGAACUAAUACUGUAAUAUAGUGAAUAAAGUACCCCCUUUUGUAAAAUAUAGGGAUAUUAUAAGUUACC